AUGAAAGAAAAAAAACAUCCGCAUUUGAUCUCGCAAUGUGGAUGGUCUAAUAGAUUCGAAAAAUUAAUAAAAUUUGUGUAUUUGAGUCAAGACCUUGUUCGACCGGUCAUCCGUGUUCAGCUUGAAGAAUCUGGAGCUUUGCGUGAGCAGAUUCGUGCUGUUGUUAUGGAGAUUGAGUCCGCUACUAGGCUCAUUCAAGCUAACCUCCUGAGCAAUUGUAGAAAUGGCUUCCUGGAGGUUAUCGAUAAAGCUAAGGAAAAAAUCAAUGAUGUGAACAAGUUUUACGGUCGGCUUGCCGAAAUUCUUCGGGAAUGCCCUGGACAAAUACUACAGGUACCAUGGGGACUGGAGAAGUAA